UAGAUCUAUAUUAGUAAAUCUAAAAUUUAGAUUCUAAAUAGAUCUAGAUCUAGAUUAGUGUGAGGGAGUCAGAAUCUCAACGAAUACACAACCAACACGAUUGAUGCUUAGAUAAAAACCCACAAUGGAUUUUGAAGAAAAAGAAAUUCUGACACUUAAUCGAGUUGAGCUUGUUGAAAAUAUUAACAUUUUAGAUGGAUUAUAUACACAACUUAUAGCUCGAAAAGUUCUGACUCAACGUGCAGUUAAUCGUAUAAAGUCCAAUGGCAGACACGCCCCUGAAGAUCAGGUAGAAGAACUGCUCAACACUAUAGUUCGCCUCAACUGCUAUCAGCUGUUCUGUGAGGCUCUGACUGCUGACCACCAGGGACACAUUGUUGACAUGUACCUGAAGAAGAGCAAGUUAGAGGACCAGGCUGACCCCAGCACACCAGGACCUUCUGCUAGAAAAUCUGACCACACAGGGGAGGCAACUAAGAGCAAGAAACUGUGCACCUCAACUGCACCCGAUGCCGUGGUUUAUGUCAGCGGCUCUGGUCAGGGGUGCCUGUACCAUCAGUGUGAUCAUGUGACACCCGGCCGCAGACAGCGCCCUCAUAGACAGCGCAACAAUUCUAAUCAGCGCAGCAGUUGUGUUAAAAGAUCCAGUGGGAAGAUUAUUUGUUCCUAGAGCUAGUUCAGUUGUGUUAAAAGAUCCAGUGGGAAGAUUAUUUGUUCCUAGAGCUAGUUCAGUUGUGUUAAAAGAUCCAGUGGGAA